AAGUGUUUCCAACUGUCUGCGGAUAUAAAUAGGAGGAUGGAAGAAAAGGUAUUCCUAUUUGCAGGUUCUGAGGGAAACAAGGCAGUUACUCACCACUCAUUCUCCAUUCCAAUCCAUCGUGAUCUCUUCUCUCCCGAAAAGGAAUCAGUAACAAAAAUCCAAUCGAUUCAAAUGGCUUCUCGAUGGAUCCGACCUGAGGUGUACCCGCUGUUCGCGACGACCGCCGUGGCGGUGGGCAUCUGCGCGAUGCAGCUGGUGCGCAACAUCACCACCAACCCGGAGGUGAGGGUGACGAAGCAGAACAGGGCGGCCGGGGUGCUGGACAACCACGACGAAGGGAAGCGCUACUCGCAGCACGGCGUGCGCAGGUUCUGGCUCUCCAAGCGCCGCGACUACAUGCAGGCGCUCGACAACGUGCCCACCGACCCGAAACACGAGUAGAUCGAUCAAGUGUCGGAUCGUCCUGGUCCAUGGAAAGAGACCCCGGGCUUCUCUCUCUGCUCCAUCCAUCGCCAACAUAUGCAUAUGCAUCUAGCUUGCUCCAUACAUUUGAGUUGAGUUGGGGACUUUCUUGGUUUCAACCUAUGCCUAUGAAUAAGCAUCCCGGUUCCAUGUUUGGAGCUGCUGUCUUGUGGUUUCUUUCAUAUACUGGCUUUGUUGUGUCUACUGAAAUUUCAUAUAUGAUCUUUCUUGGGAAGUUAUAAGGAUCUUGUUCUUACUA